AUGCACCGGGGGAUCCGGAGACUCCCACGGUGGUUCCAAGGCCCGACCACAGCGAGGGAACUGAGGAGCGAGCGGAACUACAAGCCCCACCCACAGGAAGGGGUCCAAAUCAAAAGCCCCACCCACAGAAAGGGUUCCAGAUCUAAAAGCCCCACCCACAGGAAGGGGUCCAGAUCUAAAAGCCCCGCCCACAGGAAGGGGUCCAGAUCUAAAAGCCCCGCCCACAGGAAGGGGUCCAGAUCUAAAAGCCCCGCCCACAGGAAGGGGCCCAAAUCAAAAAGCCCUGCCCACAGGAAGAGGUCUCGAUCCAAAAGCACUUCCCACAGGAAGAGUUCCAGAUCCAAAAGCCCCUCCCAUAAGAAGCGGGCCAGAUCCAAAAGCCCCUCCCACAGGAAGAAAUCUAGGUCCAAAAGCCCCUCCCACAGGAAGAAAUCAAGGUCCAAAAGCCCCUCCCACAGGAGGAAGUCUAGGUCCAAAAGCCCCUCCCACAGGAGGAAGUCUAGGUCCAAAAGCCCCUCCCACAGGAAGAAGUCUAGGUCCAAAAGCCCCUCCCACAGGAAGAAGUCUAGGUCCAAAAGCCCCUCCCACAGGAAGAAGUCUGGAUCCAAAAGUUCAUCCCGUAGAAAAAAGUCUAGGUCCAAAAGCCCCUCCCACAGGAAGCGGUCCAGAAGUCCCCACUACAGGAAGAGGACCCGGUCCAGAAGCCCCUCCCACAGGAAGAGGUCCAGAUCCAGGUCCAGGGGUCGUAGGUCUUCCUGGAGGUCUCGCUCUCGCUCCGUGUCACGCAGUCGGAAGCGAGCGACGUACAGCCAGAGGGACCGCUGGAAGCGAGAGCCCAGCCACUCGCCCGUACUCAUCCUGCGCAAGAACAGAUCCCCCUCCAGGAAGCACGGCGGCGCCGGCAGCAGCCCCCAGCGGAUCAGCGACCUGGACAAGGAGCAGUUGUUGGAGAUUGCUAAAGCUAACGCCGCCGCCAUGUGUGCCAAAGCCGGGAUGCCGGUCCCCGCCAGCCUGAGGACCUCCAUGCUGCCUCUGGCCCUGCCCAGCAUGGCCAUGAACGCCGCCAUGGCCAGCAUGACGGCAGCCACGGUGACCGCAGCCCUGUCCAACAUGUCCACCCUGUCGUCUCUGCUGCCCACCAUCUCCAACAAGCCCCCGUCCUCCUCCUCCACCACCCAGCAGCCAGCCGCUUCUCUGGAGGAGGUGAGGAGGAGGGUGGAGAAGCAGGCCAACAGUCUCAGCAUCAAGGAGUUCACUGAUAAGUGUCAGAUGAUCGUAGACAGCUCGGCCGAGCUGCCAGAGGCUCAUCCUCAUGUCUCCGAUGAAGAGGAUGAUGGGAAAUCCUUUUCAGGAUCCACUCUACGAGAGCAGAAAGUCAUCAACUUCAGCAUCAGUAACCUGACGGUCCGUCCAGGAGUGAGAAGUGAUGCAGACAUGGCCAAGGAGUUCCCUGUGUCCUCAGGAUCACAGCACCGGAAGAAGGAGGGCGAUGGAGCAUAUGGAGAGUGGGUUCCUGUGGAGAAGGCGUCUGAGAAGAGCUCCAAAAAGGGUUCUCCUGCAGGAUCAGAGCCUCCAGCAGAGGACCCAGCCGAGGAGAACGUCUUCCCAGAGCCUCAGCUCCAGGCGGUGGACAUCAGCCAGGCGGUGACGGAGAGGAUCCGAGCUCAGAGGCGUCUGGCGGAGAACCCGUACGACGUCACUGCCAUCUGCAUGCUGAGCCGGGCCCAGGAGCAGGUGGACGCCUGGGCUCAGUCCAACACGGUCCCAGGUCUGUUCACCGGUUCUACUGGAGCCCAGGUUCUGAGUUCUGAAGAGCUGAGCUCCGGCGGUCCACAGGCCUGGCUCAAGAAGGACCAGUUCCUCAGAGCUGCUCCCGUGUCUGGAGGAGUUGGAGAGUUCCUCAUGAGGAAGAUGGGCUGGAGAACCGGAGAAGGUCUGGGAAGGAACCGAGAAGGAACCGUGGAACCCAUUGUGAUCGACUUCAAGGUGGACCGCAAAGGGCUGGUAGCUGAAGGGGAGAAGCCUCAGAAACAGACUGGAGGACUGGUCGUAACCAAGGACCUGAUGGGGAAACACCCGGUGUCUGCUCUCAUCGAGUUGUGUAACAAGAGACGCAUCAUGCAGCCAGACUUCGUCAUGGUCCACCACAGCGGACCGGACCACCGCAAGAACUUCCUCUUCAAGGUGACGGUGAACGGAGUGGACUACCAGCCUCAGACUGCCAGUCCCAACAAGAAGCACGCCAAGGCCAUGGCCGCCACUGUGGCUCUGCAGGCUCUGGGAGAGGUGUCUUCAGACGGUCCUGGGCUCUACACCGGGCCCGUCUUCACCGCCGCCUCCACCGGGCCACUGUUCUCCACGUAGACUGGACAGAGGGACACUCAGCUCGGCCUGUUCACACCUGUCCUCAGACGUGUCCCGGGACGUCCUCUGUCUGGAUCGUUGCAUUUCACUGUUGAUGUACUGACAGUUCUUCAGUGUAACUCCAUGUUUCCAUCGACCGUACCCGUCUGUCCCAGUGGUGACCUGUCUGUCCAGGCCUGUAGAUGUCCACCUGUCUGUCCAGGCCUGUAGAUGUCCACCUGUCUGUCCAGGCCUGUAGAUGUCCACCUGUCUGUCCAGGCCUGUAGAUGUCCACCUGUCUGUCCAGGCCUGUAGAUGUCCACCUGUCUGUCCAGGCCUGUAGAUGUCUGUAUUAUAGUGUAAAUACAUGUCUGUAGCUUCAGUUCUUUUGACUCUGUGAACAUUUAUUAAAAUAAAGCAGUAUUUAUGUUUUGGA